ACCUUUCUCGACUAAGGUUCUAGUGUGUCUGACUUUUUGCAGAUAAAUAUGUGCAACGUCUCAUUUGCAUAAACUUCAUACCAAUCUCGGAAACCAUAUCUUUGAUUGUAUUAGACAAUCAUUGAUUGUUGAAUACCCUAUACCACCAAUGAUGUUCAUAUUUCCUACCCUUCAAUCCAUGAAGCUUCCAUCAUUUUGGCUUCUUCUGAUUGUAAUGUUGUUUUGUGCAUUCACUGUGGCCACUUCUCGCCAUGCAACUAUACCAUCCUCUGCAUCACUCACAUUACAACAAACUGAAGCAAAUGCUUUGUUGAAGUGGAAAGCCAGUCUUCACAACCAAAGUCAGGCUUUGCUAUCUUCAUGGGGUGGCAAUAGUCCUUGCAAUUGGCUUGGAAUUGCUUGUGACCACACCAAAUCCGUCUCCAACAUAAAUCUUACACGCAUUGGAUUAAGGGGUACGCUUCAAACUCUCAGUUUUUCAUCACUUCCAAACAUCCUCACUCUAGAUAUGAGUAAUAACUCCUUGAAUGGAAGUAUUCCUCCCCAAAUUAGGAUGUUGUCAAAACUCACUCAUCUUGAUUUAAGUGACAAUCAUUUCUCUGGACAAAUUCCAUCUGAAAUAACUCAGUUGGUCAGUCUUCGUGUUUUAGAUUUGGCACACAAUGCUUUCAAUGGUUCUAUUCCUCAAGAAAUAGGUGCAUUAAGGAAUUUGAGAGAGCUUAUUAUUGAAUUUGUCAAUCUCACAGGUACUAUCCCAAAUUCUAUUGAAAACCUAUCCUUCUUGUCACAUCUUUCUCUUUGGAAUUGUAAUCUCACAGGAUCUAUCCCAAUUUCUAUAGGAAAGUUGACCAAUUUGUCAUAUCUAGAUCUUGAUCAGAACAAUUUUUAUGGACAUAUUCCUCGUGAAAUUGGGAAAUUGUCAAACUUAAAGUAUUUGUGGCUUGGAGGAAAUAACUUUUCUGGUUCCAUUCCUCAAGAAAUUGGGAAGUUGCAAAACCUAGAGAUUCUACAUGUUCAAGAGAACCAAAUAUUUGGCCACAUUCCUGUGGAAAUUGGGAAGCUAGUCAACUUGACAGAAUUAUGGCUUCAAGACAAUGGUCUUUUUGGUUCCAUUCCUCGGGAAAUUGGAAAUUUGAGAAAUUUAAUCCAAUUUUCUGCUUCUCGGAAUCAUCUAUCUGGUUCCAUUCCUCGGGAGAUUGGAAAUUUGAGAAAUUUAAUCCAAUUUUCUGCUUCUCGGAAUCAUCUAUCUGGUUCCAUUCCUAGUGAAGUGGGAAAACUCCAUUCUCUUGUCACAAUCAAAUUGGUAGACAAUAAUCUCUCUGGGCCAAUCCCAUCUUCCAUAGGUAACUUGGUCAAUUUGGACACGAUUCGCCUUAAAGGAAACAAACUCUCUGGAUCAAUUCCUUCCACUAUUGGUAACUUGACAAAGCUCACCACUCUUGUUAUAUACUCAAAUAAGUUCAGUGGAAACCUUCCAAUAGAAAUGAACAAGCUUACCAACCUGGAAAAUUUGCAAUUAUCUGAUAAUUAUUUCACAGGUCAUUUACCUCACAACAUUUGCUAUAGUGGAAAGUUGACGCGGUUUGCUGUUGAAAUUAACUUUUUCACGGGCCCAGUACCAAAGAGUUUGAAGAACUGCUCCAGCCUUAGAAGGGUUAGGCUUGAACAAAACCAGCUGACAGGAAAUAUAACAGAUGAUUUUGGUGUUUAUCCGCAUCUGGAUUACAUCGACCUGAGUGAAAAUAACUUUUAUGGCCAUCUUUCCCAAAACUGGGGAAAGUGCUAUAAUCUCACAAGCCUCAAAAUCUCCAACAAUAAUUUAUCAGGCAGCAUUCCACCAGAGCUAAGUCAGGCAACCAAGUUACAUGUACUUCACCUGUCUUCAAACCAUCUGACAGGAGGCAUUCCAGAAGAUUUUGGUAAUUUGACCUACUUGUUCCAUCUUUCUCUCAAUAACAAUAAUCUUUCUGGAAAUGUCCCUAUACAAAUAGCAUCAUUGCAAGAUCUUGCAACCUUAGACCUUGGAGCAAAUUAUUUUGCUAGCUUAAUUCCAAAUCAACUUGGCAAUUUGGUCAAGUUAUUGCAUUUGAAUUUGAGCCAAAAUAAUUUUAGGGAAGGUAUUCCAUCCGAGUUUGGUAAAUUAAAGCAUCUCCAAAGUCUUGAUCUUAGCAGAAACUUUUUGAGUGGAACAAUACCACCAAUGCUCGGAGAGUUGAAAAGCUUAGAAACAUUGAAUCUCUCACACAAUAAUCUUUCAGGUGGUCUCUCCAGCCUCGACGAGAUGGUAAGCUUGAUAUCAGUUGAUAUAUCAUAUAACCAAUUAGAGGGUUCACUUCCAAACAUUCAGUUCUUCAAGAAUGCUACAAUUGAAGCGUUGAGAAAUAAUAAAGGCUUGUGUGGCAAUGUCUCUGGCUUGGAACCAUGCCCAAAAUUAGGUGACAAAUAUCAAAACCAUAAGACUAACAAAGUCAUAUUGGUGUUUUUACCCAUUGGUUUAGGCACUUUAAUACUAGCAUUAUUUGCCUUUGGGGUCUCAUACUAUCUUUGUCAAAGUUCAAAGACAAAAGAAAACCAAGAUGAAGAAUCACCAAUUCGGAAUCAAUUUGCAAUGUGGAGUUUUGAUGGAAAAAUAGUGUAUGAGAACAUAGUUGAAGCCACAGAAGAUUUUGACAACAAACAUCUCAUUGGGGUCGGAGGACAAGGAAAUGUUUACAAAGCAAAAUUGCACACAGGUCAAACUCUAGCCGUGAAGAAACUCCAUUUAGUCCAAAAUGGGGAAUUGUCCAAUAUUAAAGCUUUCACAAGUGAAAUUCAAGCUUUGAUAAACAUUCGACAUCGUAACAUUGUGAAGUUAUAUGGGUUUUGUUCUCAUUCACAAUCCUCAUUUUUGGUGUAUGAGUUCUUGGAAAAGGGAAGCAUUGAUAAGAUUUUAAAAGAUGAUGAACAAGCAAUAGCAUUUGAUUGGGAUCCCAGGAUUAAUGCCAUUAAGGGUGUAGCAAAUGCUUUAUCUUAUAUGCAUCAUGACUGUUCACCUCCAAUUGUUCAUCGAGAUAUAUCAAGCAAGAAUAUUGUUUUGGAUUUGGAGUAUGUGGCUCAUGUCUCAGAUUUUGGAGCAGCCAGGCUUCUUAAUCCUAAUUCAACCAAUUGGACCUCAUUUGUUGGCACUUUUGGAUAUGCUGCUCCAGAACUUGCAUACACAAUGGAAGUGAACCAAAAAUGCGAUGUGUAUAGCUUUGGGGUAUUAGCAUUGGAAAUACUUCUUGGAGAGCACCCUGGAGAUGUUAUAACUUCCUUGUUGACAUGUUCAUCAAAUGCCAUGGUGUCAACACUUGAUAUUCCUUCAUUGAUGGGUAAGUUAGACCAACGCCUCCCUUAUCCUAUAAAUCAAAUGGCUAAGGAGAUAGCUUUGAUUGCAAAGACAGCAAUUGCUUGCUUGAUUGAAUCUCCUCAUUCUCGUCCCACCAUGGAGCAAGUUGCCAAGGAGCUUGGAAUGUCAAAGUCAUCUUCAGUGCAUUAAUUCCACAAUGUCAUGUAUAUAUAUUUGAAAGAUUGAAUUUACCAAAUAUGCAUGAAUUCUUCUCCCCUCCCUCUUCCAAACAACUUUGUGUUGUAAUUUUUUUUAACCUACUUUUUAUAUUGUAAGAUAAUUUUGUUCUAUUUUAACUAAAGAUUGCACCAUGUUAUACACAUAAA